AUGUUUCCCCACGAGGAUAUAGAAGAACACCUCGCUAGAAAUCCCCUGGACGAAAUAUUGGAAGUAUUCAGACUUCUAUAUAGUACUUACUUCGAUACUCCAUGUGUUGCAGUCUUUGAAAAGCCCAAAGAUCCAAAUAAAUGUCGAAUUCCCAUCAGGAACCUCAUCAGAGAUUUUGUUGGAAAUGUCACUGUCAGGUACCAUCUAAGUUGUUGGUUGGAAAAACUUGGCUCUAAACUGAUAACAAUAAAUAACUGGAUGAAAUCUACCCAGUUUUAUCUGGUCCCAUUUGAACCAUUGAUCGCCGUAAUUCUGAACGACGCGACUGAUGUUGAGGUCUUUAAUUCAGUCAUACGGCUCGCUAAAAAUCUCGAGACUAUGAAGAAAGCUUCAGAUAUAGAAUAUGAAUAUCUAACCAUAAAGUAUAUAGCCAAGUUAGUUGGAAAAACACACCUUCCGGUCAGACAGCCGAUGAAAAAUUCGGAGGACAUACUGCGCAGAGAACUCUCUGUCUCGUCAAUCUUUAAUACUAAAUGCUCCUGGGAGAAAUUUUUUGAAGCGUCGCGCCUGAAAACUCAAUGCGAAUUCCUUUCCCAAGAAUACAUGAGGCGUUCUGCCGAAGCAAAGUUCAAAUUCCCCGCUGUCCUAACUAAAACAAAUAUUUGUAAAUGGAUAAAAGUUAUCGAACAAGAUCUAAUCUGUUCACUCUACAAACCACUCGAAACUUUGCCGACAAAGGCAUUUGUAGCUCCAAGAAAAACAUUUAUGCAUGCCUACAAAGGAACCAAAUCCCAAAUCUCUGCAGCAGGACAGGUUACUGUUGGUCAGUCCAAACGGCAAUAUAAUUUUUUCCUCAAGCAACGAAAUCUUCCUUCUAGUGAUUAUCAUCACUGGCGCAAUAUUCUUGUGAUUGGAAAGUUCACUGAGUCUACGAAAUCAAAAUUUCUGGAAUAUUCCCUUCAGCUCAGCGAUUACAUUCACAAACUACUCCUAGCUCAACCUCUUCGUCUUUUCGUCCAUGGAUUCAUCUUUUCCGGAAAGAAUCUGGAGCUCUGGAUGUAUGAUAGGUCAGGACGAUACUCGUGCUCAUACAUUAACACUGGCAAGUUUUCAGACAAGCUCAUACAUGUGUUAGCGGCUUAUAAACUUAUGAGCAAUGAAGAGCAUGGUCUUGUCCCAAAUAUUCAAUACCAUCCUAAUCUGAAAAUUGUCGUGUUCAAAGUUUCUAAGCCCGAGGAGCAGCAUGAGCUUAUCUUGCAUCCUGUUACUAUCAAUCAACAGAGAGCACUCGUCUCCAGGGGAACAAGCUGCUAUCAAGCUAUAAACAAUAGCUAUGUUAUGAAAUUAUCCUAG